CCUAGAUAACGAGACUUGUCCGCGUAAAAAGAAUGUCCAGUGAUUUGCUAUCGGAAUCGGUGAAUAUGUUUCUGGACGAUUUCGAGACCGGCCUCUGUCUACCCAUUCUCGUGGUUAUGGUGCUUUGCACCGCUCAGUUUGUAUUUAAUCAUGUCUUCGGUAUUGGAUACACGAUUUAUCAGAGCAUAAGGAAGCCGAUAGCGGAGGGAGAGGCGCAAGAAGCCACGGAUAUGAUGGGAAAACUGAAAGGAAUGCUGAACACUCUAGGUAUCGGAAAAACCGAUACGGCAAAUGUGACUGCGAUUAAAAAUCCGCUAUCAUCUGUGAUCCAAUCUCGAGAGGAAGAGUGGGACUACUGCGAGGAUGAUGUUGAAUAAGAUAACAAAACUGUUCUC